AUUGUAAUCACAUUUUCGGGCGGGGUGAUGGAAAGUUUGUUUUCGUAGACCAGAGACCACUGUUGAAAGAAAUCUGCAUAGUAUGUUUUAUGGCUACUUUUAUGAUACGAUCAUUAAAACAUUUGAGCAAUAAUAUUAUUUUAACCAUCGCUAAAGAAAAAACUGAUAUGGAGCGACCAUCUAGGAAGACAAAGCUUGUAAAUUAUUCAGAUUUCCAGGAGUUGGCUGAUGAUGAUGAUUUUGCCUCAGUGAAAGCACCACCCAGCAAAAAAGCCAAGGAGAGUGUGAAAGAGCCAGCGCAGGAGAAGAGCAAGAAAUCUUCAAACAAGGCCUCCAGUCAAGAGACUAGCUCACAACCCAUAGGCCACAAGAACAGGAAACCAUUGGAUGAGAAGCUGUAUGACAGAGAUUUGGAAGCAGCUCUUACUUUGUCGUUGCUUAAAACCACCGAGAUAAAUGAGGAACAAUGUUCUUAUAAUCCAGAAAAAUAUGUCAAGAAUCAACCACAAAGAGAUGGUGAAAAUCUGGAUCCAUCAUUACGCCUUUCCAACUCCUGUGUGGACAUCAACCUUUUAGGCCUUGACCAGAUCACGAAUGAUCGGGGAUCCCCUUGCGCCCCCUCCAGACAGAGGAAGGCAGCCUCCAAGGCUACAGAGCAGCAAAGGAGCAUGCUGAAGGAUGGCGAUGAGGACUACAAUCCCAAAGGGACACCAGAUUCAGAGAGUGAUGCUGAUUUCAGUGAUCCAGCUGAAAGUGAUGAUGAUGAGUUCACAGUAAAGAAACCAAAGAAAAAGAACACAGAAGAGAAGACAGCCAAGAAGGAGCAACCAAAAGCUAAACAGCCUUCAAAACCACAUUUGACAGGGACUCCCAGUCUAAAAACUCCCACCUUAGGUAGAAGUCCAACUGCCAAGCCAGCCUCCGUGCCCAAGAGGUCUCCUGGCACUUCUCCUGUCUCCAGACCUGCAGUCUCUGGCAGUCCAGCGGGGGGCAGAAUACCCAAGUGGAAUCCUCCAGGUCACGUUGGAAGAAGUCCCGGCUCAUCACAGAGUGCCCCAGUCAAGUCUCCAGGGCAGGGUCUAAGACUUGGACUGUCUCGCAUGGUGCGGGUCAAACCCCUUCACCCCAGUGUUGCUAGUCACUGACCCCACCUAUCUAUUAGAGGAGCUGUGUAGUUGACAGUUGACUUUCAGGAUUUCUUUUGUAAUCCUCUAGAUCUGUCUAUUUUAUAAGAGGCAUUAAAAUUGUACUGUAAAUUA